AGCCAUUUUGGCUCAAGUUUUUGUGGCUCAACUGUAAUUUUCUGCUCGACGCACAUCUGCCUGAGUGAGCAAGUGCAAACUAUCGUCGCAAGAGGCACCUGGGAAUUGCCGCUGCAAAAUUCGGCCAUUCUACUGUUUGCCUUGCGUCGUCAUUCGCACGAGGGUUUCAGAAAAUCAGCUGGUAUCCGUUUCCUUGUUUUGCCAGCUGCAGAGUUCAAGCACAUAUUGUUGGAACUUCCAGAGAGCGCGCGUAUGACUAGGACUGCUUUCGAAGGUGCCCCGUUGUCCACGUUGAACCCGUCUCUUCGAGGUAACGUCCUUGCAGAGUUGGCUCGCGAGGUUGAUUGUGAAUUGCACGCGGAGUCGACCCUUCAGGAUCCACUUUUAAACGGACGGGUGGGAUCGGCGGAGUAUGACUGGCUUAGGGAUGGCUUGCGGAUCGAGUGCAAGAGCUCAAUGAUGGCUUGGCGGUCUUCUGCGAAGUGUUGGCAUUUCUGUUUCCAGGGCGUCAAGAUUGCCCACAAUCAAGCGCGAAUGACGUCUGCAUUUGAUGAGUUGAUCCUUGUCUUGUAUACACCUCGAUAUUUGUAUUUUUACAAGCAUGACGGGACAUUUGCCUUCUCUUCUGUUGGAUUGCGCACAGCCGUACAGGGUCACCAAAUUCAAAUAUCCGGCCCUAGAUGUGAGAAGGAUUGGACAACGUCUUUGCGCAGCAUCCUCCGCAAGCUGGAUGACGAGACAAACACCUGCUCGCUCCAGUCAGUGAUGCCUCUCACAGAUCCCCGCAUCAGCCGCGCGCUGUCCCAGAGAUGCCAUAUGACCAAUCAGAUUUUCCUUGGUGCUCCAUUGUCUGAUAUUGCUCCGGCUGUGAGGGGUAAAAGGAUCGAAGCGCUUGCAUGCCGCGUUGAUGGAAUCGUGAACCGCGGUGCUCACAUUCAGAAUCCGGGACUCGGGCAUUGUGCGAACGGAAGUCGGCGUGGACUGCACCAGUCUGCAUUUGAUUGGUGCCGAGACGACAUCCGUGUGGAAUGUAAGAGUGGACAGCUCUGCUGGGAUCGAUCUGGACGGCGUUGGAAGGUAUCUUUCCAGUGCGUAAAGCUGAGGGGGCUCAUACAGUUUGACGAGCUCCUCCUCGCGAUUUACACGCCUAAGGGUAUUUACAUUUACCGCCACGAUAAUGAGAGCUUCGUGGCGUCCAAUGGUGCGUCUACACAUUUGAAAGGACACCGGGUGAACCUUUAUGGUCCUUGCCAGGAAGCAGAUUGGGUCAAAGCGUUAGACGCAAUUCUCUGCAAGCUCGACCGCUCUGGCUGCCAGUCCGUCGCAUUCGUGGAGUGGUGAGGCGGCAGGUCGUGGACUGCAUCUGCGCGUGAAACACGCUUCCCUUGGUGCUUCCGCAGGAGUCCACCCUGCGGAGUCCUCUCCACGAGCCCCUCGUCAAGGAGCGGGCGAAUGACGGCACAACAGAAACAUUUCCGCGAUCGGGGACGCUCGUCCCAGGGCGGCUGGAAAGUUUACACGGCGCCCCCGUUGGAGGAACCGCUUUUGUUUUAGAUUGCUUCGUCCGCUAAUUUAAGGAGCAACCCCCAAUGGAUGAGGGUGGGGCGUGAACUGUGCUUCUGCGAUAUGUGCAUGCGAUGGUACAGUCGCCCAACUCUGACGCUAUGGUAUGAAUGAGGGUCAUUGUGCGCGGUGA